GAGCAAACACUUACACUGUACAGACUCGACCAGACAUCACUGAAUCUCUGAAAGCCAACCUUCUCACUAACAUUCCAGCCCUCCCCUCCGCUUCUUUUAUCCAGCUUGAAGACAUUCAGAAUAGAGAAGGGAAGCUUUCUCCUCCUCAUGGACACGUGUAGUGUGUUCAAUUAUUUCGGUGUUAGAUUUUUAACCGUCUAACUUUUCUUUUUGCUCUGUUGAGCCUCCUGCAGUUAAAAUAAAAAGGAUCAUGGAGCACAGCCUGCGCCGUUUGAAGCUGGAGUUGCAAUCUAUGAAGGAAGCUGGAGACGGACUGCAGGACCAGAUGAAUUGUAUGAUGGGUGCACUCCAGGAGCUGAAACUUCUCCAAGUGCAGACAGCUUUGGAGCAGUUGGAGAUCUCAGGGUUCCAGGGCCAAGCCUCAUCCAUCACUCAGUGUCAGCCGUGGCUGAGAAACGGGAAGAGCAGCGAGAGCUGGCCAGGCACCAGGCUGGAAACAGACAGCUGCAAACCUAGUGGCAGCAAAUUCCACACACCAAGUCCUGCAACUUUUCCAGGCCAGGCAGAGAAACCUCUGGGCUCACACCUAAGAGAAUAUCUGAAGGACACUCCUUGUGAGGAGAUGCAGCCUUCGGAGCUGUUAUCCAGGUCUCUUGAUCCUCUCAAUACUCUGUCACCAGUUUCAUCUCGACAUCUUGACAAGCAGACCCAGGCAGCUGCCUCUGCAAAGGUACAUGAGCCCCCCACGCCGAGCAAGUUGGGCAAGAAGACGAUGCAAGAUUGCAAUGCCUCCAAUGACUGGACCUCCUCUCUGCUCUCCCAAAGUAGAAACAGGCAGCCCCUCAUUCUGGGUGAUAACAUCUUCGCGGACUUGGUGGGCAAUUGGUUGGACUUGCCUGAGUUGGAAAAGAAGCCCCCUCCAGCAACUGAGGAUGGAAGAUCUGGACAUGACCAUGGCCCCUUGCUCAGCAGAUCUCAAGAAUUCCAGAAGAAAUUGAACCUGACGGCCAACAUCUUCAAGAAGCUGCUGAGAAGUGUUCGGCCUGACAAAGGCAAGCUGGUGAAGGAGAAAUGCAGCAAGGUACCGAUGGGUAAUCCUGGAGAUGCUGUAGCCAAGCGAUCCAGCAAGGCAUCCAAGCAGAAGGUCACUUUUUACUUUGAACUGCGGGGAAACAACAGUCAGAACAAGAAAGUGCAGGAUGACUGUGGAACCUUACUGGAUAAAAAGGAUCUCAGAUCCAACAGCUGUGCAAAUAAACUGAUCCAGUCAGUAACAGAGAAACAGUCCCCAUUUGACUAUAACUCUGUAGUUUGGGUCUGAUUUAAAAUAUGAAAACCCUUGAAAGAAAAAUUAAUUGCACUUAAUUUCAUUUAUAUCCUACAGUGGUCCCAAAGAUAAUGGGAUCAAUAUUGUUUACAGUAGUGUUUUUUUCCAAACACUUUCUUUUUGAAUAUUUGAUUGCGAAACAUGUCAAGAUUAUUUAAAAGGACAUCGUCAGACAGAACAUCUUCAAAUUAUUUUUAUCCCUCGGUUUGCCAUAUUUCACAUUGAGACAAACCUGCGUGGAACUAUGUCUCUUUGCAAAUUGCCUACGAGGUUACCACAAUCCAAUUGAUCGACUCCUCUCAUCUGCUCUCUGUCAUUAGUAAGUGAGGUCAUUCCUCGUUAAUACACUCCCUGUGUUCCCUUGCUCACCUUCUGAAACAGCUGGCUUUGUCUUUAGACCUGAGCAUUGAAGCCCUCUAGUUCAUCUAUUUUGUUCUUCACAUACAGGGUUUCACUGAACUUGAUAUUUGAUCCCAGGAUUGGCCAUUUGCUGUAUCCUGAUUGCUAUUUGGCAUAAGUGAUGAAUCAUGAGAGUCAUGACAAUGUACCGCAGACUGAUGUUUCCCUUCCCAGAAUGCCUCACCUCCAAGUUCCCCUGUGAGCCACUCACCAUCCUGACUUAGAAAUAAUAGCGCUGUUCUUUCAGUGUCACUGGG